GGCUGGCUGCUCAAGAAAACUAGCGGCGCAAGGUUUGGGUAUUGUCGGGCUUACUGCAGCGUCAACCUGGUUAUCUUAAUCGUUUCGAUCAAAACAAACAGUGAUUUAUCGACAACGCUUCAGACCUAUCCUGUGUCUUGUGUCUCCCAGGCCUGGGCCUCAAGGUGGGGCAGAGUGAGGUGGGUGGUGGGGAAGGAAGGCCUAGCCCCCAUCCUUGCAAGAGGCCAGCCCCAGCUCCCGCUCCAGUAUCCCCUAGCUUAAGCCCCUCCAGGACUGAGAAGGGACCAUGAGCACAGGCAAGCCCAGCGGAAUCAAGCCCCCCAGUAAGAUAAGCAGGCCAACUGGGUUACCAACAUGCACCUCCCCUUCCUCUGCUGCUUCCAAGCCUGUACCCCCUGAGAAGUCUCCCACCCAGGAUGGAGCAGUGGACUACCGGGUGGGGGAGAAGGUGUGGGUCAACGGCAACAAGCCAGGAUAUGUCCACUUCCUGGGGGAUACACAGUUUGCCCCGGGCCAGUGGGUCGGCAUCGUCCUGGAUGAGGCUAUCGGGAAGAACGACGGGUCGGUGGCAGGUGUCCAGUAUUUCCAGUGUGAGGACGGCAGAGGGAUAUUCACACGGCCCUCCAAGCUGACCAAGACAGCUAUGCUGGAGAGGGAGGCCAAUGGUGGGCAGCCUAACCCUGGCGAGACAAGGGCCAAGUCCCCUAGCUCUGCUGCUGCUGGGGCUGCUACUACCACUGGUAACAGCACCAAGACACCGCUGAGUAGAACCGUGACCGGUAAUGGGUCAAUGUCCAACCUCUCUGAGACCGACUCAGCCAGGAAGACCAGAAGAGAACUAAGACUGGGAGACCGCGUGCUGGUGGGGGGUACUAAGGCAGGGGUGGUGAGGUUCAUGGGAGAGACAGAGUUUGCCAAGGCGGAGUGGUGUGGAGUGGAGCUGGACGAACCUCUUGGGAAGAAUGAUGGAGCCGUGGCUGGAACCAGGUAUUUCCAGUGCCUGCCGCGAUACGGUCUGUUUGCUCCAGUCCAUAAGGUGACUCGUAUCGGAUUCCCCAGCACCCUGGCUAAAGCCAAGGCUUCCUCUCGGAGACGCUCCACCAUGAAGAGGAGUCCCAGUGCCUCCUCCAUGAGCUCCCUGAGCUCUGUCACUUCCUCUGUUAGUGGGAAACCCAGCCGGGCUGGCCUGUUGACAGAGACCUCGUCACGGUAUGCUCGUAAGAUCUCUGGCACCACAGCGCUACAGGAAGCACUGAAGGAGAAGCAGCAGCACAUCGAGCAGCUAUUGGCCGAGAGGGACAUGGAACGCGGGGAGGUCGCCAAAGCAACCAGCCAUGCUGGAGAGGUGCAGCAGGAACUGUCUCUGCUCAGGAAGGUUCAGGAGCAGAAGGCUAUGGAGAUGGAAGAUAAGCUGGACCAGCUGCGUAAACUGGUGGAGUCAGCAGACAGAGACAAGGUGGAGCUGCUCAGCCAACUGGAGGAGGAGAAGAGGAAAGUGGAAGACCUGCAGUUCACUGUGGAAGAGGCUUGCAUCACUAAAGGUGACCUGGAGACGCAGACCAAACUGGAGCAUGCCCAUAUUAAGGAGCUUGAGCAGAGCCUUCUGUUUGAAAAGACCAAAGCUGACAAACUGCAGAGGGAUUUAGAGGACACUAGGGUGGCAACAGUGUCUGAGCAGUCCAUGAUCAUGGAGCUGGAGAGAGAAGUAGCGGCGCUGCAGUUGAGACUACGCUCCUCCCAGCAGACAGGGGGCGCUGUGUCGCUGUCACCAGAGGCGCUCAGCAACCUUAAGGCACGGGCCCAGUCCCAGGAGAAGAAGAUCAGUGAACUGAAUGUGAAUCUGGACAGCAGGCAGAAACAGCUAUGCUCUGUAGAAGAGGACAAGAGCUCCCUGGAACAGCAGCUAACCAGCCUGAGACAGAAACUGGACGUAGCAGAGGAAAAGAACAAGAGGACGGAACGAACCAUGCAAGAGCUGGAGAAGAGAGGAGAGCAGACGGAAAAAGAGAGGGAGGCACAGAGAGAACAGAACCAACGCAAAGAGAAAGAGCUUCAGGAUAGACUGACGCAGGCUGCUGAGUCAUCAGAGAGGACCGCCCACUCACUGGAGCAGCUGAUCAUUGAGAAGACAGCGCUAGAGGCUCAGCUCGAGGCACUGAAACAGCAGAAUUCCAAAUUCCAGGAAGAACUCAGUCUCUCGCAGGUGCGAGGCAGCUCAGAAAGCCAGCACAUCGGAACUCUGUGCAAGGAAAUUGAGGUACUGAAGCUGGCCAGUCUGACGUCUCAGAACCAGCCAGACAUGAAAGACAGGGAAACUCUGUCCAACCAGGAGACAGAUGAGGACAAGGAGCUGGAGACUCUGAGGGAUGAGAUUGCGGUGCUGCGAGGUGAGAACGCCAUGGCCAAGACGCUGCAGUCUGCCGUGGAGACGCUGGAGAGAGACAAGGCCCAGCUACAUGAACGCGUCACCAGCCUGGAGCAGAGGCUAUUGGGACGGCAGGCCUCCGAGGGAGGGGACAGUGGAGUGCCUUCCUCAGGUGACACAGCUCUGGACCAGUUGAGAGAAGAGAAGGAGUUUGCAGAGGGACAGAUUAACUUCCUGAACAGUGUGAUCGUGGACUUACAGAGGAAGAAUGAGGAGUUGAAGGUCAAGCUGAAGAAGAUGGCUCUGGCGGAGUUCAAUGGCAAUGACGGCACUGAUGGUUUGGAGGAGGGUGGAUCUAAGAAGGACAAGAAGGCUCCUCCUCGUCUGUUCUGUGAUAUCUGUGACUGUUUUGACCUGCAUGACACUGAGGACUGUCCAACCCAGGCCCAGAGCCCAGACUCAGUCCCCCACUCUUCCUUCAAGGGCAAACCUGCCGACCAGCGGCCGUAUUGCGACAUCUGUGAGGCCUUCGGUCACUCCAAAGAGUCCUGCCAGGAAGACCAGACCUUCUAGACACUCAUCUUCUCACCCCAACCAUGCCAGGCCUAGCUUUAGGACCCUUCACAGACCGCCAACACACACUAAUCACCCGCUACAAAAGACUCUCCUACUAUUUCUAAUACUUCCUCUCUCUAACUCUCCUCCCUCUAACUCUCCCUCCAACUUGCCUCCUUCUCUCCAACUCUUCUCCAACACUCCUAGCUCUCUCUAACUCUCCUAGCUCUCUCUAACUCUCCUAGCUCUCUCUCUCUCUCCUAGCUCUCUCUAACUCUCCCUCUCUCUAA